UCUUUCCUUGUAGUGGAUCAAUAACUGCAUAGGAAGAAAAAAUUACAAAAGGUUCUUCAUCCUCAUGGUGUUUGCUCUUCUCUUGCUUAUUCUGCAGUGGGCUGUUGGGAUGCUUGUGCUGAUACUGUGUUUUGUUGAGAGAAGGAGAUUUUCUGCUGAAAUUGUUUCAAAGCUGGGUAGUAGCUUUUCCUUGGCACCCUUUAUCAUUGUGGUGGCUGUGUGCACUUUAUUAGCCAUGGUUGCUACUCUUCCAGUUGCACAACUUUUCUUCUUCCAUAUUCUUUUAAUAAAAAAGGGAAUCAGCACCUAUGAUUACAUUAUUGCUUUGAGGAAGCAAGAUCAGGAGCAGGAGCAACUUGCUGUUGGUGGGCAGCAAAGUCCGCAAAUGUCCCAAGUGAGCUCUUUUACUGGACUAAGCAGCACCAGUUCUUUCAAUCAAUUCCAUCGCGGUGCAUGGUGUACUCCGCCAAGAUUAUUCCUUGAGGAUCAGUAUGCAAACGAUCCCUCGAACUUUGGUGGGAUGAGGCUUGGUCUGGCCAUUGAUUUUGCUUCUGUUGGCGAUUAG